AUGGUUUGCUGGCUGGAGUCGUUGUUGUACUCCUGCAUUCUCGCCAAGGCAAGAUGUAACAGCCAUUCCAUCCAGUUCCACAUCGACUGUGACACCCUGGCUCCAGCUUGCUGCACCGAGCACCACCAGUUCGCCUCCAAGCCUUCAUUUCCUCAUCGCAACAUGCUGACCGAGGCAACAAAAGUAGCACAGGCAAUCGUAUUGCAUCACAAGGAUUGUAAUCGUCUCCAAAUGGGUGUUUACCAGGGUACACCAUGUUCCUACCAAGCAUCUCCUCGGUGCUUACUCUUCGACAGACUCUAUGGUCCCAGAUGA